AUGGAAUAUGCUUCGCCAUAUAUUCCGGUAGUUCCUCGCAUCCUUCCUUCUCAAAAUCCAUCGAAAAUAUUUCCAGUAAACGAAGAUCCAUAUUCGCAUCAAUAUUUGGAUAAUUAUUCUCCAUCGACUCAUGUCAAUCCAACCAUAAAUUCAUACGGACCGUUAUCAACACGGGCACAACUAAAUCAGCACGAUCUAUCACCAGUUCUUUCGAAUCAUGCUGAUAAAAUUAAAAAUAAGAAAGGUGUUUAUCAUGAGCCACUAAAAGACAACAGUGGAGAUUUCUAUCCGAAUGGCUAUCCAUAUCGAUCAGCAUAUGAACAACAAUAUCCAUCGGGCAACUACUAUGAUUAUCCACGAAUGGAUUCAUUUGAACGAAAUCCAUUACAAUGUUCGAAGGCAAUCAUAAUUACAUUCGGUGCUGUUAUAGGACUAAGUGAUUGUUGCAAAGUAAUCGUGGUCAAGGAUCUCGAAUCUGAAGUUAGUUUCUCGAAAUUCCAAUUGGCCAAUUACGAAUUAGGCAAUGAAAAAUUUUUUGGUUGUCGAACAAAGGUCUUUUUGUGCAAGGAAGUCUUUUUAGGCGAUAGUGUUUGA